AUGCUAACAGUCACUACAAGUGCAAGUACAACUAUUAUUCCAACCACAGCUACAACUACAAACGCUACCCAACAGCUAGGGAUUCCCAAUAUUCCAGUCAAUGCCCAAUGGGUACAGAAUGGAGUAACCGUUGCUGGAGGCCGUGGAUCAGGCGGUGCCACCAAUCAACUCUACCUCCCUUACAGUCUCUUCGUUGAUGAUAAUCAAACGAUGGUCAUCAGUGAUCAGUUCAAUCAUCGUAUUGUUCAAUGGAAGACAGGUGAUACGAAUGGACAAGUGAUAGCUGGUGGUCAUGGCUUAGGAGAUCAAUUAGAUCAAUUCAAUUAUCCAACCGAUUUAUUGAUCGACAAUGAGACGAAUAGUCUCAUCAUUUGUGAUCGAGAAAAUCGACGAGUCAUACGAUGGUCUCGUCAUAGUGGUACAACUAAAGGAGAAAUCCUGAUCGACAACAUCUGGUGUUUUGGAUUAGCCAUGGAUAAUCAGAGAAAUCUCUACGUCUCUGACACCGACGAACACGAAGUCAGACGAUAUCAAAUAGGAGGUAAGACAGGAACUAUCGUAGCCGGUGGCCAUAGCGAGGGUACUCGUCUCAAUCAACUCAAGGUUCCAACCUACAUCUUUGUCGAUCAACAACAGGCUGUCUACGUGUCAGACAACAUGAAUCAUCGUGUAAUGAAAUGGAAUAAAGGUGCAAAAGAAGGAAUUGUCCUCGCUGGAGGUCAAGGCCAAGGGAAUUCUUUGACACAAUUACGACAUCCAAAUGGAUUGUUCGUUGACGCAUUGGAUACCGUCUAUGUGGCAGACUCGUUGAAUCAUCGAGUGAUACGUUGGCCUAAUGGAGCGUCACAGGGCACUGCUAUUGUGGGUGGAAAUGGUCGAGGAGCAGGAGCAAAUCAGUUGAGUAAUCCUGAGGAUUUGUUCUUCGAUCAUCAGGGUAAUCUCUACGUUGUUGAUAAUGAAAAUCAUCGUGUUCAAAGAUUUUCUAUCCAAUAG